UUUCCUUGAUAGCGUUAUACUAUACGUUUUAUUUUCUUGACACACUUUUUCUGUUCACAACAAACACUUUGAAUUGAAAGAGAAUGGCUUGUGCUGGCUUUGCUUCAUGUUUUCCCUUCUGAGCUUUUCUCUUUGCUGCAGCUUUUGAGAUUAGAGAGAAGGAAGUGAAGUCAUUUAUUUACUUGGUGGAUUCAAUUAGUACCAAAAUUUUCAGAGAUUUUGUUUUUUUUGUUAUGGAAAAUAGUGGUGGUGGUGCCCUUUUGAGGAAUAGAAGGUUGGAGAGCUUCUUAGAUACAAGCUCUGGUCUAAGAGUGGAAGAAGCUCCAAAAAUUUUGGUUAAAGAAAGACCGGAACACCGGCUUAAGAAGGAUGUAUAUAUCAAUGACAACGGGUGGGUUUCGUCAAUCAUUUCCUGGAUCAGGAUUGUGACAUGUUUUGUGUCUAUGAUGGUCACAACAUUCAUAUGGGCAUUGAUCAUGGUUGUGCUUAUACCAUGGCCUUAUGAGAGGAUUCGGCAAGGCAAUAUUUAUGGCCAUGUCACUGGUAGAAUGCUGAUGUGGAUUCUUGGUAAUCCUAUAAAGAUUGAAGGUGCUGAGUACAAUAACGAAAGGGCGAUUUAUAUCAGUAACCAUGCAUCUCCAAUUGACAUUUUUCUUAUAAUGUGGUUGACUCCUACAGGCACUGUUGGUAUUGCCAAGAAAGAGAUAGUAUGGUAUCCUCUAUUUGGGCAACUUUAUGUUUUGGCCAAUCAUCUUCGAAUAGACCGAUCCAAUCCAACCUCAGCUAUUGAGUCCAUGAAUGAGGCAGCUCGUGCAGUUGUAAGAAACAAUCUGUCCCUGAUAAUCUUUCCGGAGGGUACCAGGUCGAAGAAUGGACGACUACUUCCUUUCAAAAAAGGUUUUGUCCAUUUGGCCCUACAAACGCGCCUUCCUAUUGUUCCGAUGGUCCUCACCGGUACUCAUCAGGCAUGGAGGAAAGGCAGUUUACAUGUCCGACCGACACCUCUUGCCGUCAAGUAUCUUCCUCCGAUAAGCACCGAAAAUUGGAAGGCCGAGAAGAUCGAUGACUAUGUCAAAAUGGUUCAUGACUUGUAUGCUGCACAACUUCCUGAGACUCAGAGGCCUUUGUCCUAAAAAGGUUCAUAGUCUUAGUCCACACCAAAUCUAGAAAUCAUUGCAUGUUUCUAAAGAAGAUUUAUUGCGCGCUCCAAUAAUAUUUACACUCACUUAUUUUCGUCUAAAAUAGUUUAGAGUUAAACAAAAUAUUCAGAAUAAGUGAGUGUAAAUGUUACUGGAGCGCGCAUUAAAUAUUCUGUAAGAACAUACAAAUAUUUCUCGCGUAAAUUCUUAGGUGAGGUACCUCUUUUUAUAAAAGCAUGAGUGUGUUCCUCUAAAUUAUAAGAAGUUAUAAUAUAUAGCUAUAAUAUCUUUUACAAUAAGCUUAGAUAGAAAUCCUUAAUCUUAGGAUUCAUCUUCACAUGUAAAUUAAUUAAAUGUUUUUGAGCAAUUUGGUCAAUGUGUUGAUUCUUGUAUAUUGUAUAACGCUUGUUCAACCAGAUUCCAUAUGUUCAAAUCAUGCAAAUGCAAUACAAGAUUCAUCUCCCUUCAUGAGUGUA